AGCAAUGGCGCUCCAGCUGCAGCAGAAACGGCACCUCGGCAGCGGCAGAAGCUCAGCAGCAGCAGCAGCCGUGAGCGUGUGGGAUGACGCACGGCAGAGGCGGUCACAGAGCUGUGACCUCCUCGUGAGUGCCCUGCUGACCACUGCUGACCAAUGCUGACGACUGCCGGCACCCGCUCCGGUUGGUGGGAGCAGUGGCGCUCGAGGGAAAUCCUGUUGGCGGGAGGUUGCGCUGCUGCUGGUGGCGGUGCUGCUGGCGCCCUGCUGACCACUGCACGGGAUCCUGAUGGUGGGAGCAGUGGCGCUCGAGGGAGCAGCGGCGCUGGAUGGAGCUCCUGUUGGUGGGAGGGCGCACAGCUGGGGUGCGGCUGGGGUGCAGAACCCACGCUUUAGCACCGGACGGCGGAACCCUGCUGCUGCUGCGGUGGUGCUGCCACUGCUGGUGGGGCAAAGGCGUUUCAGCUGCAGCAACGGAUGCAGCAACUGCACAUCAGUGGCAGCAGCGGCACUUCAGCAGCUGUAGAAACCACACCUCGGGACUGCAGAAACGGCAUCUCGGCUGCAGCAUCAGUUCAGCUUGGCUGCAGCAGCAGCAGCAGACCUGAGCGUGUGGGACGACGCACGGCAGAGGCGGUCACAGUGCUGUCACCGCUGUGAGUGCCCUGCUGACCACUGCACCGGGCCCUGUUGGUGGUUGCUGGCUGCAGCGCUCGAGGGAGCUCCUCUUGGUGGUUGCUGGUCGGUGGUUGCUAAGAGGGCAGCGCUGCUCGAGGGGAGUGGAGGUGCUCUAGCUGGUGGGAGCACGGCAGAGACGGUCACAGUGUUGUUGUGACUGCCUCGUGAGUGCCCUGCUGAUCACUGCCUGCACCCACUCCUGUUGGUGGGAGCAGCGGCGCUGGAGGGAGCUCACGUUGGUGGGAGCACGGCACAGGCGAUCUCAGUGUUGUGACUGCGUCGAGAGUGCGCUGCUCACCACUGCACCCGUUCCCUUGGUGGCGGCUGUGGCGAUUGAGGGCGUGGAGGUGCUCCAGCUGGUGGGAUCAGCGGUGGGAGUAGCGGCACUCGAGGGACGCUGGCUGCUUCUGCACUACACACGGCUAAGAACCCUCUUACCCUUUCCUAUUCCGCUCACUUUGAUCAUUGAAUGUCCACAACCUGUUUCUAUUGUCACGCGGAUUUCCAAAAUAAGGGAGGGAGCAAAAUUUGAACGCGUGGCGCGUGGCGAUGGUAGCACAUGGCACUGGGGCGGCUGGGCUCAUGUAGAGUCACAGGGGGAUAGAACGCAUUCAUCCUCAUGCCCGCGUCCCUCUCUUUCCUAGUCCCCCUCGCGUGCUAGCUCCAUGCCAUGGUGCUGUGGGCUACCAUCGCCCUUUUUCUUUUCGCAACGUGUUCCCUCGUUAUCACUUUCGCGACUUGCAAUCAUGCUGGCUUCGUAUGCUUCAUUUUCUCAUCGCAUGCCCUGGCCUACUAGUUAGAAACUUCCUGCAUCCCUUUCCCCAGUGCGUUUUCUCCCCAAGCCCCAGACCCUUGUCCCUGGCCAGAGGGAGGGCGGGCAGCAGAUGCAGAGGCCCCAACCAGCAGCACCGUCCCCAUCAGUAGCAGCAGCAACGCCAGCAGCAGCAGCAACAGCAGCAGCAGCAGCAGCGCAACAGUCUCUGCAGCAACGCCCCUCCUCCUUCUCCAUGCGCCACCUGCCCUUCCCCCUCUCCUCCUCCCAUGUGGAUCUCGUGCUUGUGCAUGGGAUGACGCACGGCGUGCACGAGGAAUGCCUCCCUCCUGCAUGCCCUGCUGACCACUGCACCCGCUCCUGCUGGGGGGAUCAGCGGCAUGGAGGGAGCAGCGGCGCUGGAGGGAGCAGUGGCGGUGCUUCAGCUGCAGCAGUGGAAGUCAACGCCAGUGAACUCCAGUCAAUUUCCGUCAACGCCAGCCAACUGGCAGUCACUUCACAAACCGGCUAAGUGCUCCAUGCCCUCCCGUCUCACCUGACCUCUCGCUAUUGUCGUUCAUUCCUCGUUGUUUCCACGCCACUGUCUGUUGCACCCACAAGGCACAGAAGGUAAGUAGACCUGGUUAACAGCAGGUGCGUCAGAGUAAGUCCCCCCAUGCCCCUUCAACGGGGCUUGUGGGUGCUGUCUUUUUGGCCAACGGCGCUCCUCUUUCCCUUCUAUUUUGUUGUCUUUUUGCAUUUAGUGUUUGCUUUUUAUUGCUUUGCUUACUGCGUUUUGUUUUGUCUUCUGGCUAUGAACCCUGGAAUCUGCCAGUCGUACUCACCUUUGCUUCGAACUUGUGUACCUCUCGAUCCCCUGCAGGAUCGCUCUGAGGUACAGCUGCCGGAAGGUUCUGAUGCUCCAGCAGCAGCAACACCAGCAGCAGAAGCUACUUCGGCAGCAGCAGCAGCACCGGCGGCAGCAGCAGCAACACCGGCAGAAGCAGCAGCAGCAGUGGGAUGACGCACAGCAGGGGCAGUCACUGUGUUGUGACCGCCCUGUGGAAUGCCCUGCUGACCACUGCUGCACCCGCUGCUGAGGAGGGGGAGCAGAGGGGACGGAAGGAAGGACACACACCAUCCCAUACCCACAUCCUUGUGUGGCUGGGAGUGAUGAAGGAAGGCGAGGGGCUGAUGGGCCCUUAAGAGAGAAGUGCCGGCCGGCCGAGUGGUGGGGAAGAGCACUUGCCACAGUCGGCACACACCCUUGGGAUGCGCGGCUGUGAGGGUGGAAGGAAGGCGAGGGGGUGAUGGUGAUGGGAUUCGGAUUGGGGGGUGAUUAGAGUGCGGUGCCAGCAGGGCCGGUGGAGGGCGCUGGGGGGAGAAGAGCACUUGCCACAGUCGGUGCACACCCCCUGAGGUGUGCGGCUGGGAGGGUGGAAGGAAGGCGAGCGAGGGGGUGAUGGACCUCGAAACAGUAUUCGUAGUGCAGUGCGGUGGCGGUUCUGUGCUGUACCAGUGAACCGUGGUUGCGGUUCUCUGCUGUACCAGUUAACCGUGGUUGCGGUUCUGUGCUGUACCAGUGAACCGUGGUUGCGGUUCUGUGCUUUACCAUUCAACCGCGGUGGCGGUUCUGUACUGUACUAUGGAGCCGCGGUUGCGGUUCUGUGCUGUACCAGUGAGCCGCAACACCGGCCGCAGCAUCAACAGCAGGGUUUGGUGGCGAUUGGGGGGCCGAGUGGGGGCCCGUGGGUGGAGAAGUGCGCUUGCCACAGUCGGCGCACACCCGUGGGGUGUGCGGCUGGGAGGGUGGAAGGAAGGCGAGCGAGGGGGUGAUGGUGAUGGUGACGGACCCCAAGGGGUGGGUGAUGGUCACGGGCCACGGUUUGGGAGGUCGCAAGGCCAGGUGGGACGCUGCCUAGUCUGACGCCAGGUGGGACGCUGCCUGGUCGUCUGUGUGGGUGUUGAGAGCACCAGUGGUGGCGGUGGCCCGGUGGGGGUGGCCGUGGUGGCAGCACCCGUGGGGGGCCAAGGCUCCAAGACUGGUAAGCACCUCUCCUCCCCUCAGGCGUUGGCAGCACCCGUGGAAGGCCAAGGCUCCAAGACUCCUUUUUCCCUCCUCUUCUCGUCCUCCCUUUCUCGCGUCCUGCUUUCUGUUUCGCUUCUGCUCGUCCCUUCCGCCCCUCCUCCCCUUCUCCCCCCCCCCCUUUCCCUUCCCCUCUUCCCUUCCGUCCCUCUUCCCCUCUCCCCCUC